CUAUACAUAUAGAGGCGAUCAUAAGUCGAGCAGCUUAUUUCUAGGGUCGCGUAGACAUUUGGCAAGAUAUAGAGGCAUCGAUUAACAGUGAUUACAAUACAAAAUAGAGACUAUUACAUAUUAACGUGAAUGUAGCAGAUUUUAGAAAACUUUAAACUACACUUUUCUUUGCAGUCUCAAAAGGUAUAAAAAACAUGCAAUGCUCGAUAACAUUGGGUGAUAUAUUAAUGUCGUUCAAUAUAAUGUUCGCUUUGAAGGCUUUAUUUGGAGUUGCUGUAACGGGUUGCUUGGCUUUCUGGGUACAAUUACAAACCUAUAGACCAAGCAGCCUUGGGAGAAGUAAGGUCGCAGUACGACUUCCUCCUUUUUUUAAAGAAUUUGUUCUUUAUGAGCUCUAUAAAACCUUUCUUUUUAUAAGGGGAUUUAGUUAGUACUUCUAUGUAAUUAUCAGACGCCACGAGAACCAGCCUACAGUGCAUUUGGUGUGGGAAUUUAAUGCAUCGCACAUUUUGUUGCUGUGUGUACCUGUUAUAAAAUGUAGAUCUACAAUUCCUAGAAAUCGUGACGUCUAUUGCUACUACUAAUACUAGCUGACUAUUUUAUACCUCGUCUAGCACUACUGCGGCCACCCAACGAUUAACCUCAGAAUAGUUUAAAAAGCAAGACAUAUGUUAUUGUUUAAGCAACACUGCAGUAAUGAAAAAAUGCCCCUCUUGUUUUUCAUUUUAUUGCAUGGUUUAUGUAGUAUAACAUACUUUCGUCGUUUGAAGAGAUACCAAUUUUUCACUACUAGUUGUCUUAAACAUUUUUUAUUUUCUAUAUAGAGCAGUAUAUAUGUGCCUAAACCUAAUCGUAUCUACACUAUCAAUACAUCGCUAUACGCUAUCAAUAGAAACAAUACAUAUCCAUAUAUAUAUUUAUUUUUUUACCAUAACAUAAAGGCAGUACAUCUAUAUGCUAUGUUCGAUGUUUGCAUCGAUAUACCAAACCCAUAGUUAUCGUGUAGUCAGCCGCACAAAGAGUAGACUCUUUUCCUUCUACUGGCAGUAUAAACAAAACACUGAGCAGACAUUCUUUGUUUAGACAGUCAACUAGCAUUUCCGCCGUUUAAGAGAAGGAAGGAUCGAACAAGUGGAACGUAAGCUUAUAGAACGAUUUAUACACCGUUGCCUUCUGGAAUUAUAAGCAGGGUGGCAGCGUCGUUCUUGAUCUUCAGCUUCAGUAAGUGAUUCUACUCGAACGUCUCGAUGUUCAGAGGCUAAGUAGAAACUUUUUUAUAGCUUUGCUUACGAGUUGUGACAGAGUGAGAAAAUGACAUUUAGUGCUUCGAAAAACAAAACAAUAUUUUAGUAAAAUUAAGGACUGUAUAUCAAUUUUACCUGUACAUACCUAUGACCAAUAGUACCGAAGAUUAAACACGACCUUCCUAUCGAAAGGGUAAAGUCAUGGUGCCAAAAAGUGAUCUAAGGGACAACGCCACAGGCACUCUUUCAAUUGUUAAGCGAGUGAUGCGCGGUGUGACACGAACGUCGAUACGUGUCAUCGAGGGGAUAGCUAUUGCCUACUGUGUAUGUCGGUACGUCGUGCAACCUAUAUCCUGCACAGGUCCAUCGAUGGAGCCAACAAUACAGAGUGGAGAUAUGAUCGUCGUGGAAAGAAUCACAGCUCAUACACGUAAUUUUCAGAGGGGCGACAUCGUCGUGUGUCGGAGUCCAACUGACCCAGAUUCGCUUCUAUGCAAACGUGUUGUAGGUCUUCCUGGAGAUAUUCUGGAUAAUCCUGAGACCGGCUCUCAAAUUGUACCCAAAGGCAACGUUUGGUUGCUAGGUGACAACUAUACGAAUUCAACCGAUUCGCGACAUUUCGGAUUCGUUCCCAUAGGUCUUCUAAUAGGUCGAGCGUUUUUCAAGCUCAACAAACUUCAGACACUGAGUUGAACCCAUAAUAUUUACUAAAAUAUAUAUAUAUAUAUAGCCGUAGGCUUAGUCAAAUAUGAAUCCAUGACAGGCCAGUUAGCAAACGGUAAGACAGUAGCACUGGAGAAAUGCGAUAGUUUAAGUCGUGCCCUAACCAAGUCCUUUCUAGAUUCGAUUCUCCAAGCCUAUGUCUAAUAACUUCAGAAGCCUCUAAAAACAAACAUUAUAAUUCAAAACGAAUAAUUCUAAACAUGACCGGUAAACUGAAGAUGUGAUAGUGUAACCUUCGUUAAAAUUAUGUAGAAAUAUAGUUUUGAUAGAUACAAACAAACCCUGAAAAAUUGUUAGAACAAAUUAGCUCUAUUAAAAGCAACAAAAUUAUUAAGGAAUAUUUCACAUUGAUGUCCAUCAUUAAAGAGCUUUUGGCUGGGGCUCAACUUAAAUUGAAGUAUUAUGUAUACGUGUGUACCAAACAGGAUUGUUACAGAAGGUGCAAAAGGUGGAAAAUAAAGCGUAAGGACCUUGUUUAACCAAU